AUGGCUUCUCUUUGUACCCUCGAUGACUUGGAUUACUUUUCCAUGCUAAUUUCCAGCAUGACAUCUCAUUUCAAUUUCCAACGCCAUAAAAAUGAAGAUCAUUCAGAUGAUGAACUGACAGAUAAAAACGCGGUGUUCGAUGGGCCUUUGACCUCUGGCGCGCGCAAAUAUUUUGUCAAUAUGCGCAGCAGCAGCUCCACUAUUCCUGCUUUCAAGCUAGCCAAUCCAGAUAAAGAGCGCCAAAAAUCUUCAAAAAUUGAAGCCAAAGAAUCUCUAUCGGCUGCCGAGUUGAAAGAAAUUGUUUCGAAGAAAAUAGGAGAAAUCCAAAAUAAGCAACAAUCUUCUGUCCAAAAGAAUUCGUAUGUUCGGCUUUCCUCAGACAAGCCAUCGAGAUCAGAGCUUAGGAAAAUAGCGAUUGCCAAAAACAAGCAAAAUUCCUGCGAGUUUAAGCCAGAUACGGAGCCGCACUCCAAAAAGAAGAUAAAGCUUUCUCAGAAAAAAAACAAGGCAUUGGCUAACCGCAGACAGGAAAAAGACGCCACAAAUCAAAUGGUAUCCCCGAGUGUUGCCCAAAAAAAGACAAGCAAAUUUGACCUUUCUGGAAAGACCGAAAUUGCACCCAUCGUUCCCAUAAAGAGAGAUCUGUCUCAUUCCAUUCAAAAACUAUUAGAGAAAAAAGCCAAGCUUCAAAAACUAGAAAAAGUCAAUCCCGAAAAGGCGGCUCAAAUCGUAGAAAAAGAGGCUUGGUCCAAUGCCAUAGCAAGGGUACAAGGAGCAAAGAUCGUGGACGAUCCAAAUAUCUUAAGGAAUGCACUCAAAAGGAAACAGAAGCAGAAAGAAAAAAGCACUAAAGAAUGGAAAAAAAGGCUGGAAAGCCAGAAGACUCAAAAGAAGCCGGACAAUCAGAGGACCCAAAAAAAACCUGAAAAUCAGAGGACCCAAAAGAAGCUGGGCACUCAGAGAACGCAAAAGAAACCCGCAUCCAAUGCCAAGAAAAGACCUGGAUUUGAGGGCGUGAGUUUUAAAAAAUCAAAAGGUAAGAAGUAA